GGUUGAGAAGGUAUAUUAGCUGUCAAAGACAUGGAUAAGAGAAAACAUGAGGCAAUGCACCAUCCAUCCUCAUUUCAGACACACGUGUUCAACACCAUCAUCCCAGCUCAGCCUGAAGACUGAGCCCCUGAUCUUUUCUAUUUUGCCCAAGACGUUUAUUCGUGCCAUAAUUAAGACGCAUGCCGUCUAAUAUUAAACCCCAAGAGAGUGUGCGCUUGUGUGUGCUGUAUACAAAAAGAGAGAGGGGGAUAUGCCGAAAGGGAGAGAGGAGAGCUUCAACACUUUACGGUUUGCUUUCGCCCCUCCAAGCCUCCUGCUAUCUCUGCCGACAAACCCCACUGCCACUAAUUAAGACGAAUGCGCGCCGCGGCUCCGCAGACAAUGACCGGAGCGCCUGGAUUUCUGCACACAAGGAGAAAACUGCGGGCCAUGGAACUGACGGUACCCGCAAUGCAUCACGGACACGACACCCGGUACCCCGCUGCCUGCCUCCCACCUCAAGUGGAACAGAUGAGUAGACUGUAGCGUCUUUUCAUAGAGUUUAUUUUCCUCACAAUCCCAUUCAGCCGCGCUCUCAGACGGCUGAAUUGUGUUGCUCCUGGUCUCCAAAGCAGCCAGCAGCUGCCUGCCCCGCUGUGCGCAGUUUUGGAGGCGCAACACCGGUAAUUACGCGCCGUGUUGACAAGUUUGGCGCGGUGCUGCAUGGUUUGCGCAUCAGCGACGGGCCAGUUUGUGGGAUCUACCAAGAUUUUUCUCCGGUUGAGUGAAGUGUGAUUUCACCGGGAACCUUUUGGAGCCAUUCGUUGCCCGAUCACUACAUCCAUUAGUGUGCGCACUGCAACCUGUAGCUGUGUGCCCUUUCAUUUCAGUUUUUAUUCCGUCAAGGCACAAUGGAGGGACAAAGCUGACGGUUUUGAAUCCGUAGCCCAAGGAGAAGAGAAGAAAAAGGAGGAGGAAAAUAGAUACUGGGGAAACCGUAAAUGUAUGGGCGGUACACCCAGGAGCUGGGUGUGUAUGCCAAGGAGGAAGCGGCCCGCCUACGGGAUGGAGGUGUACGGGAUGGUGGAGGACUGCGGAGGAACACUAGCGUUCGCAGUCGUGCUGCAGAUCUGCUGGAGUAUGAGAAAGACCCCUGUGCAAAGUGCCAUAUGUGUGCGUCUCGUUGCCAGAAGUUCCUGAUCUCGCGAGUGGGGGAGGACUGGAUCUUCCUUAUUCUGCUUGGGCUGCUCAUGGCUCUGGUCAGCUGGGUCAUGGACUACGCCAUCGCUUUCUGCCAAGAAGCACAGAAGUGGAUGUAUGGUGGAUUGGACAGUAACAUGCUUCUGCAAUACAUCGCCUGGGUCACCUACCCUGUAGUGCUCAUCACUUUCUCAGCGGGAUUUACACAGAUACUGGCCCCUCAGGCUGUUGGUUCAGGUAUUCCUGAGAUGAAGACGAUACUGAGGGGCGUCGUCCUGAAGGAGUACCUGACGUUCAAGACGUUCGUGGCCAAAGUCAUCGGCCUGACCUGUGCUCUGGGCAGUGGGAUGCCUCUGGGAAAGGAGGGCCCCUUCGUUCAUGUUGCCAGUCUGUGCGCCGCUCUCCUGAGUAAAGUCAUGGCUCCUCUUUUCGGAGGGAUUUAUAUGGAAGAGCCCUUUGAGGGAAGCAAGAACGAGCUGAGGAACACGGAGAUGCUGUCGGCUGCCUGUGCAGUGGGAGUGGGCUGCUGCUUCGCUGCUCCUAUUGGAGGGGUGCUGUUCAGCAUUGAGGUCACUUCCACGUUUUUUGCGGUGAGGAACUACUGGAGGGGCUUCUUUGCUGCCACCUUCAGCGCCUUCAUAUUCAGAGUGCUGGCAGUGUGGAACCAGGAGGAAGAGACCAUCACUGCUCUCUUUAAGACCCGUUUCCGUCUUGACUUCCCGUUUGACCUUCAGGAGCUGCCGGCGUUCGCCAUCCUCGGGAUUGCCUGUGGUUUUGGUGGCGCUCUCUUUGUCUACCUGAACCGGCUGAUUGUGGAGUGCAUGAGGAAGCAGAAGACUAUUAACAAGUUCUUGCUCAGGAAUCCCUCUCUUCCUGUCAGGCGUCUGGUGUAUCCCGCUCUCGUCACCCUGCUGGUCUCCACUCUCACGUUCCCUCCAGGCUUAGGGCAGUUCAUGGCGGGACAGCUGACGCAGCAUGAGUCUCUGGUCGCUCUGUUUGACAACCGUACGUGGUGCCGCCAGGGCGUGGCGGAGGAGUUUGAUUACAUCAGCCACCACAACGGCUGGAAACAUCCGCAGGUCAAUGUCUUCAUCACCCUCGUCCUCUUCAUCGUUAUGAAGUUCUGGAUGUCUGCUGUGGCCACCACCAUGCCUGUUCCAUGCGGGGCGUUUAUGCCAGUCUUUCUCAUCGGUGCAGGAUUUGGCAGACUUGUUGGAGAGGUCAUGGCAACCAUGUUUCCUGAUGGCAUACAUGCUGAUGGCAGCGUGUAUCCCAUAGUUCCCGGUGGUUAUGCUGUAGUUGGUGCUGCAGCGCUGUCUGGAGCGGUCACCCACACUGUAUCCACAGCGGUCAUAGUGUUUGAGCUGACCGGUCAGAUCUCUCACAUCCUGCCUGUGAUGAUCGCUGUUAUCCUGGCCAAUGCCGUGGCCCAAUCGCUCCAACCAUCACUCUACGACUCGAUCAUUCGCAUCAAGAAACUCCCUUAUCUGCCUGAACUUGGCAUGGGACAUCACGAGAAGUAUAAUAUCCGUGUGGAGGACAUUAUGGUCAGGGAUGUGCGCUACAUCACUCUGAACUCUUGCUACCGGGACCUGCAGGAGAUGCUGCUGACUGGUCAGCUCAAGACGCUCGCCCUGGUUGAGUCCAGGGAGUCCAUGAUCCUGCUGGGCUCUAUCGAGCGUCUACAGCUCCAGUCGCUGCUCUCUGUUCAGCUGGGCCGCCAACAGAGGCUUGAAUACCUCCGCCAACUUGCCCAGGACAACGGCACCCAGGAUCACCUGCCCAGCCUCACCACCGACAGCACGCCCAGCUCUCCCUGCUCCCACAUCAACGCCUCCACCACCAGUCGCCAAGCGGUCCGCUUCCUGAUCUCCACAGAGGAGUCUACCUCGUUCAGCCCUGUGAUUGCCAACGCUCAACUUCCUCUGAAAUCCGCCUUGAAGACUGUGUCCGCCAUCAGCGACACAGAGACGCCAAAUAGUUCUCAGACACUGUCCUGUGCUGACCACGAUAAGGAUCUAAUGGAGGACUCUACUGAAACGGAAGAUGGCAUGACUCCAUCAGACAUAGCAGAGUGGGAGGAGCAGCAGCUCGACAAGCCGGUGGAUUUCAAGAACUGCAAGAUUGAUCCCGCUCCCUUCCAGCUGGUGGAGCAAACAUCUCUGCAUAAGACCCACACUAUCUUCUCUCUGCUGGGUCUGGACCACGCCUACGUGACCAGCAUGGGACGUCUGGUUGGAGUCGUCUCUCUCAAAGAGCUGCGUAAGGCCAUCGAGGGCUCGGUGACGGUGACUGGAGUGAAGGUGCGCCCCCCGCUGGCCAGUUUCCGUGACAGUGGGAACAGCUCGAACGUGUCCGAGGUAACAGAACUACACAAGCUGUGCAUUCGCCACAGGGGGCUUUCAUUGCCCCGGGAACCAAAACGUCCAGAUGUGCAGAACCAGCCUGACCUCACGUACCAAGAGAUCCCCAUCAACUUCUCGGACCAAGCAAACCUGCAGUUUGAGACGAGCCCUGGUGACGCCUCGAGUAAGUCGUCAGAGCUGGUGCUCCAGGAGAGCCCGUCGUUCACCGAGGACCAAUCAGAGUUCACUUUUGACUGCAGCCCCUCCCACACUGAGGAGUCAGAGCUGGCCUGUGACUAUGACCCACUCACACACACUCCUGAGCCGGAUCCCCCCGAGCAAGAACAGAGGAGCCUGUCUCUGAACAAGGACCAAUCAGAACCUGAGGGAGAGGGUACCCCCGCCCACACUAAGGACCAAUCAGAAUGACCAGAGGGGAUCCUCGCUGCCACCUCGUGAAUGUCGACGUUUCUUACAUUCGUAGAGGUUGCUCUCACCUCCCAGUCCAGCCUAGAUACCGUGUUUCUAACGUUGUGUGAACGAGUGAGUGAGAAUGAGUACAUGUGACUUAUCAUCAUCAUCAUGUUGUUUCUGUCAAACCAUGCAGUUCCCUGUUUUUAAAGGAUAAAGCUGGUUUUACUCUAUAUUUUUAUAACUCAACAAAUCCCCUGAAAACAUCAAAACCGCGUAAAGCUGCAAUGAGAAGACUCUAGUACAUUUGCGCUUGUAGGUGGGUCACAUAGCUGUGGGGCCAAUACUGGAAGUCGGAGAGUACUACCGUUUGUAUAAAUAAAAACUAUACAAAGCCUUUUGUGGCUUCAGAAAUCCUUCAUGAAAUCCGAUUCAAUUGGCAAGUCAGAUUCAGAGAAGUGAGACUAUCAGACCUCUGUAGGUUGUCUUCUUUGCUUGCAUCUACAUUAGCCACAGCUAAAAUAAGAACAAUCUGCUGCAUUAAUUGUGAACCUUUAUUUAGGUUGUCCCUUGUGAGUCGGACAAUGUUAAAGGAGUGCAAUACUCAAUCAGUGGAGAUCUAGAGAUUUUGAUCAUGUCACCCGAUGUUCAUCUACAGAAGUAGUUUGUCAUCAUGGAAUAGUAGAUGUUAAAAUAUCCCUUCUUUUUUUUCACUGAUCAUUAACCAAUGUUAAAUUGUGUGUCUUAAAUUGAGUACAACUGCAGUUUCCAAGGUUAAGAACGACCUUUGAAGCUCUCUGUUUAGGUGCCAAUAAUCAAAAGCUUAUGCACAUAAUUAUGGUACUUUACGUGACAUUAUUUUAAACCCUUCAGCAAGCUGGGUACUGUAAUCUAUAAUACUCAAACGUAAGUAACUAGUGCAUUCGUUGGGGACUCAUUUUAGCUCUUUUUUUUAUGGUGGGCUACAAAUACACUAGUUUUGUCUUUUCAUGGGGUUUUAUUGACAGUAAGAAAAAUGUAGAAUAUAGCCAUCUGCGUGUUUUGUGUGUGUGCAAGAGACAUUUUUUACUUUCCAUACUCAGAUAUUGGACUCUUAAACAUAUUUUGAGUCUUCAUGCCAAAAUAAAAUCCAGUUAUCAUGUCUUCAACUACGUUAGCUCUUGGAGAAUAAAAGUCACACACAAAUCAUGGAGGGUGAUAACUAAUAUAUAGACAAGAAAGCACAGAAGAACAAAUUAGCACAUGAUGGUAUGAUUUGAAACUACUACCUAUUCACUAUAAGUGGACCAAUACACUACAGAGUGGCUGAUAAUAUUAAAACAUAAAAGUGUUGGAUGAUAUGCAAUAAAUAUACAGUAAUAAUGCAGUAAAAGAGGGUUUAAUAGCAAAUGCGUCAUCGUUAGUUUGUCCAGACUCCAUUGUUUAAUUACCACACACCAUUUACUGCCAAAUAAUGGUGUCCAUAUCACCUCUAAAAUCCCCAAAUCAGCACAGAUCUAGCGUUCAAAGGCAGUUUCCAAAGGUCUGCCGAGCUUAGAAACAGGGUUCCAAGUAAUGGUGAAGCACAUUGUAAUUAGCAUGAGUAUAAUUUACUGCACAUGUAGCCUGGUUUGGCUUUAGAGGGGCUGAUUUAUUAAGGGCAAUGUCGACUGUCUGUGACUUAUACUGCCUCUACAUUUCUGCUAUGUGAAUUUAAUUGUGUGUUUAAAUGUGAUUCUAGCACGAUAAAGGAACAACAUUUGAGCUCCGAGUGAACGGAGGAAAACUGGCUGUAUCUUUAUGAGAGUACAUGUAAUCCAGCCUGGCCUCUAUCGCCAAAAGAGCAAACUGUGUUUGAGUCCUUGUUAAGACCCUUAAAUGGAUGUAUGUAUUUUAUUUUCAUGCAACAAUUUUCAAGCCAUAUUUCAAUCCUGUGUGAUGUCAUCGCAGCACACCAACUCCGGCACAUUUUUUUCUGUAUAAACAUUUGUGCAUUGAUUUAAAAACGUCUUAACUUUUCGUUAGUAUAUAGGAUGUGACGUAGAGCUCGCCAUAUAGGACAAAGUAUAAGGAGUUAAAUGUAGAGAGUGUAUAAGCUAAUUUGCAGCGUAUAUAGUUAAGCAAUAAGUCUGUAGUCUCUCCCUUUAUAUGGCACACUGGCCUGUAUAUGCUUUGUACAUAUGAAAAUACACGGAUGAGAUCUACGUACAUGAUAUUGUACAUAGGAGAAUUAUGCAUUUGAAAUCCAACAGCCAUUGUUAUUUUUCAGAGGACAUGAAAUUGUUUUUGUACAUGAGUGAAUGACUAAAUUAA